AUUUGGAAUGAGGUCCACGCCAUUGUGUAGGUCUAGGGCUGUAGGAGGGAAGCGGUGUUUUUGUGCCAUUGUUUAUUCUGAUCACACCCAUCCGAUCCCCAGGAAGGAUGCCUCAAGCCCUGAUCGGCAGCAGUACCAGGCCCUCACACACUUGCAGAGAUUUCGUCUUUGAAGUGCGCCGCCGCCAUUUUGUCUUUGUGACGAAAGAGUCACGUGUCGCAACCCUCAGCCCUGCCCCAGCCCGUACGAGUGAGGGAGAAAAUGUCCGAAGGCGGUGAAGGCUACGUGGUGAAGAUCCGCGGACUGCCCUGGUCCUGCUCGGCGGAAGAGAUCGAGACAUUCUUCGCCGAAUCGAAAAUCUUAAAUGGCACCUGCGGAGUUCACUUCAUCUACACGAGGGAAGGCCGGCCGAGCGGGGAGGCGUUUGUCGAGUUUGAAAGUGAAGAGGAUCUUAACCUGGGCCUGAAAAAGGACAGAGAAACAAUGGGCCACAGAUAUGUAGAAGUUUUCAAGUCUAACAGUGUUGAAAUGGACUGGGUUCUGAAGCACACUGGUCCAAACAGCCCUGACACUGCAAAUGAUGGCUUUGUUCGUUUAAGAGGCCUACCAUUUGGCUGCAGCAAGGAAGAAAUUGUUCAGUUUUUUUCAGGGUUGGAAAUCGUGCCAAAUGGGAUAACAUUGCCGGUGGACUUCCAGGGGAGGAGUACGGGGGAGGCCUUCGUGCAGUUUGCUUCACAGGAAAUAGCUGAAAAGGCUCUAAAGAAACACAAGGAGAGAAUAGGGCACAGGUAUAUAGAAAUAUUUAAGAGCAGUAGAGCAGAGGUUCGUACACACUAUGAUCCUCCCAGAAAGCUUUUUGGUAUGCAGCGCCCAGGACCCUAUGAUAGACCAGGUGUGGGAAGAGGCUACAAUAAUUUGGGAAGAGGCUUCGAUCGGAUGAGGCGUGGUGGUUAUGGAGGAGACACACCAAUGGUGGAUCCAGCAUUGAGAAGCUACAGUGGUUAUGAGGAAUAUAAUGGCUAUAAUGAAUAUGCAUUUGGUGCAGACCAGAGGUUUGGAAGAGUUUCUGAUCAUAGGUAUGCAGAUGGAUCAAGCUUUCAAAGCACAACCGGUCACUGUGUGCAUAUGAGAGGGCUCCCUUACAGAGCAACAGAAACUGACAUAUAUACAUUCUUUUCUCCAUUGAAUCCAGUAAGAGUUCACAUUGAAAUAGGAGCAGAUGGCAGAGUUACUGGAGAAGCAGAUGUUGAGUUUGCAACCCAUGAAGAUGCUGUGGCUGCCAUGUCUAAAGACAAAGCAAAUAUGCAACACAGAUAUGUGGAGCUAUUUCUUAAUUCAACAGCUGGUGGAUCUAGUAGUGCAUAUGGCAGCCAAAUGAUGGGAGGACUUGCAGCAGGCACGCAAACUAACUAUGGCAGUCCAGGCUCACAAGCAAUGAGUGGAAGUUAUGGAGCAGGAUACGGAAGUCAAGCAAGUUUAAGUGGUUAUGGAAAUCAAAGUGGCUUAAACAACAGUUACUACAGCAGUGGAACACGAGGCUCACUAGGAGUGAAUGGAAUUGCUGGAAUGUCUAGCAGCAUGAACAUGAGUGCGGCAUGGGGAAUAUAAGGGUGUCCUUGGCUCUGUAGAGUUUUUUGUUUUUGUUUUUUUUGUACUUUGCUUACUGUGAGACAAUUUUAAUAACUUAAUAUUUCAGUAUUCAGUCUGUCAGAGAUGCUGUUAAAUAUUAUCUCUAAAACAUGCAGCUUUAUUUUCUGUAGAAAUCUCAUUAGCUGUGUUUUUAUAUUGUAUUUGCUUCCACAGUACAAGGGAAUUGUGCCUGCUAUAUUCUUUACUCGUUAAUCAUUCCCCAUCCUCAUGCAGAUUGUGAGGGGUGUGGUAUUUUUAUUUGGUUUUUUUUUUUCUCCCUGCUCUGGCAUAUGUAUAGAUGUUUCUCAAACUCUUGACCAAUAAAUAUGAAA